CUAUCCUAAAAGCCUCCGAAAUGAUCAAGACAAGGGAUGACGUAGAGGAUCUGGCCACUGUGCCAUCCCAUAUCGGAGAAGUACAUGACGACCCGGCUCAGGCUCAUGAUGCAGUCUUCGGCGAAAUCACAGACAAGGGCCCCAACUACCGCAACGUGGGAUGGCUAGGAACCGCCGCCCUUAUGAUGAAGACCCAGAUCGGCCUCGGUGUUCUUUCUAUCCCGUCCGCUUUCGAUACGUUGGGCAUAGUUCCAGGAGUCGUCUGCCUGUGUACCAUCGCUGCUAUAACCACUUGGUCGGACUAUAUGGUUGGUGUCUUCAAGCUUCGCCAUACUCAGGUGUAUGGCAUUGACGAUGCUGGUGGAUUGAUGUUUGGUCGUAUCGGGCGUGAAACCCUUGCGGUUGCUUUCUGCCUCUAUUGGAUCUUCGUUGCCGGUUCCGGUAUGCUGAGUGUUUCGAUUGGUUUGAACGCCCUCUCACUUCACGGUGUAUGCACUGCUGUCUUUGUCGCUGUGGCUGCUGUCGUCGGAUUCUCCUUCGCUAGUAUCCGCACGCUGAGCAGCAUUAGUUGGCUCGCAUGGGUCGGGCUGGUGUGCAUCAUUGCAUCCAUUCUCACGGUCACUAUCGCCGUCGGUGUACAAGAUCGCCCUGCUGACGCUCCUGAGACUGGUGUUUGGGUUUCCGACUACAAGAUCACCAACAACCCAUCAUUCACUGAUGCUAUGUCAGCGGUGUCUGCCCUCGUGUUUGCGUACGCAGGCACUCCUGCGUUCUUUUCAAUUGCCGCUGAGAUGCGUGAUCCUCGGCAUUACAGCCGAUCGCUAAUGAUCUGCCAGAGUGUUGUGACUGUCACGUAUAUCUCAAUUGGAUGUGUGGUCUACUACUUCUGCGGGUCAUAUGUUGCCUCGCCUGCUCUUGGAUCUGCCGGUUCGACUAUGAAGAGGGUUUGCUAUGGUCUUGCUCUCCCUGGCUUAAUCGUCACCACGACACUCGUUAUUCAUUUACCUGGAAAAUAUCUAUUUAUUCGUUUUCUACGAGGUUCCAAGCAUCUCACGGCUAACUCCAUGGUACACUGGGCAACCUGGCUUAGCUGCACCGGCGGCAUCACUGUGAUCGCUUACCUCAUUGCCAGCGGCAUUCCUGUUUUCGGCGGUCUUGUGUCCCUUAUCGGUGCACUUCUUGGCACUCUCAUGUCCUUUCAGCCGAUGGGUUGUAUGUGGCUUUAUGACAACUGGACACCAGGAAAGCAAGAUCGAACUCUCAAGUGGACCCUAAUGGUUUGCUGGAGCGUUUUUGUCGUCCUUUCUGGAACAUUUCUGAUGGUUGCUGGUACUUAUGGCUCUAUUGUAAGCAUUAUUGACACAUACGAGAAGUCUGGAGGGUCAGCCGCCUGGUCCUGCGCCGACAACUCGAAUUCCGUCUAA